AUGAUUCAUUAUGAAGUCGGGAAAUGUUUGAUUGAGGUCCCAGUUAAAGGACAAAACACAAAACCCUGUGUACUCCAGUCAAAGUCCUUGCCAACAGGCAGUCCUGAAGCAAGAAGGGUGUCAAGAAAUUCACACCUGCUAUCAGCAGCAUCUGUGCCUUUUCAUAAUUCUGAGAGGUCCUACAUGUACCCACCUAAAGCACAUAAUUUUCCCAAAGGUAAAGUGUCAAGGAUUUUUUUUAUGCAUUUUCUUUUACCCUCACAGGUCUUAAUAGAAGACACCCCAGCCGUCUUCCGUCUGACACAGGGCUCUGGGCCCAUCCACCUCAGUGGGACACACCAAGUAGAGACGACAAUCAUUGAGGAUGACAUGGACGACAGCUUGGCUGAGGAGGAGGGCGAAGAGGAGGAUGAAGUUGAAGAGGAGGUGGAAGAAUUGCCACCAAAGAAGAAAGCCAAGAAGUAAAUUUUGAAGAAAUUGGAUACAUCAAAGCUUCAAGACAUUGCCAUGUUUUCUAUCCAGUCUUUAAAAUCAUUGUAUGAUUGUGUGUCUGUGUGAUUGAUAAAAGAUGAGAGAUUUA